AUGGGCUCCCCGAGCACCCACUUUCCUGCCAGCCAGCUCACAGCGCACAGACUCAGCAAUUCCUGCUGUCAGAUCCAAGACGAGUUCCCCUCUGUGACGCUCCCUAUGAUGUACUCCCUAAUCUUCAUCAUUGGGCUGCUCAGCAACGCCCUGGUGCUCUGGAUGUUCUCAUGCGGUGCGCAGCACAGGACCUCCAUCACCAUGUACAUGAGGAACCUGGUGCUUUCUGACCUGCUGCUCUCCCUCUGCCUGCCCUUCUGCAUUGCCUUUCAAAGCAAGAGUGAGCCUCUGAUCUUCUGCAACAUCACUGAGGUCUUCUUCUACCUCAACAUGUAUGUCAGCAUCACAUUCCUCAGCCUGAUCAGCCUCAACCACUACCUGAAGAUCAUCCGGCCCCUGCAGAAAUUUAGGAUUCACACUGUGUCCUGUAGCACCAUGGCCUCUGGGGUGGUUUGGUUGGUGCACAUAGCAUUGAUGCUGCCUUUCUUUUUUGAGACAAGAGGAAAAGGGCCCUGUGACCAUAAAUGCUUCCACUUCAGGAGCAAAAGCACAGCAGCAGCUUUUAACUUGGUCGCAGUAGCCACUUUCUUCAUGCUGCUGCUGCUCUUCCUCUACUUCUACAGCAAGAUAUUUGCCAAGCUCCACAGAGUCUCCUCAGUGAAAGCUCAGCAGCUGAACAAGAGAACCAGCAUGAGAGUCAUUGCCAAGACCUUCGUAGUCCUGAUCAUCUUCAUGGUAUGCUUCACCCAUCACAUUGUCUGCAUUCCUUACAUCCUCAUGCAAGUGGGGGCCAUUUCUAGUCUGCCCUGGAAGCAGGGUCUCCACCUCACUAAUGAGCUUGUGCUCUGCAUCUCAGCCCUCAACAGCUGCCUUGACCCAGUCAUCUUCUUCUUCUUGUCCAGCAGCUUCCAGAGGGCUGUGCUCUGCACCAUCGAGGGCCGGCUGAAGAGAGCUCUCCUAAGUAACCAGGAAGGGCUGAGCCACAGCAGGUCUGUGAUGGAGGUAUAG